UCUAAUGCCAUCUUCUUAAUAUCCAUUAAAUUGUUCGCGCCCCUGAACAAUUGAUCAGUGGAUGGAUGGCACGAGCCGAAGACGUUUAAUCGAUGAGAUAAAAAUAACAGAGAAGAAUAAAACAAAAAAUUACACACUACCGACUGCAGCAUGAAUAGAUCUCUUCAAAAAUUCUUCAUUUACAUCAUUGCGGUCGAUUGCAUAAAAAUACCCAUUUCCGAUUUUGUAUCCCAUUGUAAGCGGUUUAUACACGCGUGAAAUCCAUAAAAAAAACGAAAAUGAAUGCAAGAGGCGAUUAUAAGAAGAAGCUCAUGGAAUACCGAAGGUCUGUGCGAGAAUCAAAGUGUGUGGCCUUCAAAGAUAUAACUCCACAAACAGAUGAUAUCCAGACGAUCGUCGAUGUAUCCUUGGACAAGAGUCAAACUCCAGCAGGCCGGACCACAACAUGUAUUUUACCCACGAAGGAAACUGUACAAAAAGCCCUAUCGCCAUCACCACAGCCGAGCAAACAUAAUGAAAUACCCCUAGAAAACAGUAUCUUCCCAGAGCCCAUUGGUAAAUACACAAAUUGGCGGAGCGAACACACCACACUAGCCUCCCAACCGUGGUGCUGUGUUGGAGACUUGAUGGCGUUUUGUGAUAAAUACGAAUUCAAAGCCGUCAGUUCAUCUGAUAGCUGGACGCAUGGCAAUAUUGUGAACGAGGUACGUGCUCUAUUAAGCGGGAAGGCUCCAUUUGACAUACGCAAACGUUUCCCUUCUAAUAUGCGGAGUCCUGAAAAUUUAAUGGUCUGCGUCGGCCGGUGUCCCAGCGUAGAAUAUCAUUUAGGAAGAAUAUUGGCAGCGUUCCGCAAACCAUUGACCACGUUGUCGCCCGACAAACAACGUAUUGCUAGACAAAACUUCCAUCUAGCCGUCAGAGAACUACGCCUUGAUAUAUCGGCCCGCGUCACUGACAUUCGUUUGUAUGAUCAAAAAGUAUUCGAAAGAGAUUUUCAUUUAACUUGGGAAGAUAACGCACAAUAAUAACGUCAUGGAAAUAUAAUUAGAUCUCCGCUACCAAAGGGAAAAUUAUGAAACGUGAAUUAUCGCCCCUUCUAAUAUCAUGUUUCCAAUAAAGCUUUCUGAAUACCACUUAA